UGGGAGGGAAACUCACGUCACCUUUGCGCCUAUCAUAUAGCUCUGGGGUGCAGAAACCGGAAGUGACGUGUAUACAGCGCUCGACCUGAUCCAGCGGCGCGAGCUGCUCGAUUCGGCUGGUUGAUUUACUGCAGCUUGUCAUUUUCAUUGCAACCCAUUUCCCUUCAUCUUCGCGUUCGAGACGUCGAAGAUCUGUGUCCUCGAGCUAUUGGACGAAGCCCGGCUGAACCCUGUCCAGCUCGUUUAAACGGGUCGGCCGCUUACAGAUCGAUCGUAGAGACGGCUGUGAAACUGCCUGGUCCGGGGUGUCAGAAUAGGGAUCGAAGACGCUCCUUUCAUUAAACCGCAUGGCUAACUAAGGGGUAUGUCGGCGAAUGCGCUUCCUCUGGUGGGCUACGGCUCGUCGUCCGACUCGGACAGCGACGCUGGGGAGCAACGCCAGCAUGAGACGGAUGGACACAAUGAGAGUGGAACCAAAAUGAAGAGUCAGAAUUUGUUACUGGAGUCAGGAUUUGGGUCCAGUUCCAGUUCUGACUCUGAAGAGAAUCCCAACGUGCAGACUGGCCCAGAAGUACCAGUCGAGCCAGAGGCCAACGUCCCGGCCUCAGCAACACCACAGCCUGGCGGCAGACUGCCACCACCGCCCCCCAGUGUGCUGUUUGGCAGCAGCGUGUUUGCCAACCCAUUCAAAGAGCAGGCGGAGGAACAGCUAAGCUUCCUGCAGAAACAUGUGCCCCUGACCGCGCAGGCCCGGCCCUCACACAUAGGGGGCCGCGGCAUGUGCGUUGCAUAUCGGCGGGACGGCCGCUGUCGCUUUGGCAGCAGCUGCAAGUUUGCCCACGACAGCGACCUGCAGAUACCCGUGGACGGCCAAAGGGGCACCGUACCCAGCCACCAGAGCAAUCUCAGCAGCUCGGCCCAACAAAGCACGGCCAAGGAGCCAGAGGGAGACUCAGUGGAGGUACUGGAGGAAGUGGGGAGGAGGAAGAGGAAGGUGGGGCUGAGUGACAGUCUGACGCCCCCCAAGAAAGCCCUGAAACAGUACAAGGCACAGAGGAAGAAAGAGGGGCUCAGUCCGCUUUCUUGAGCACAUUAGACUUUGCCAUUUUAGAUGUGUACAGAUGACAGCUGAGACUAACAAUAUCACUGUAGGUGACUGUGAUGUCUCUUCCUAUAUGACUUCAAUAAAUGUUUCUAACAUACCA